GAUGUAUCGGAACAUCAUUCAUGUAGACGUUUCCCUGUGGUAAGGAUAGCUGAAGAAAUACUUGCAUUGCAAGACUGAUGAGAAGAAAAAAGUGGAUUUGCCUGCCAAGUCAUUGAAGGUAUCAGGACUGGCUUCUGGACCUGUAUCAUGCCUCCACAAGUGAUGCUGGAUUGUUCUGAUGGUAAAAGGUUAAGUCCACAGUUAUCCGGUUCCUUGAGGAGGAGAAAUUCAUCCAGGCCCAACAGCCAGGAACUUGGAAUCAAAUGUGUGCUUGUGGGAGAUGGUGCAGUAGGCAAGACCAGCCUGGUGGUCAGCUACACUGUAAAUGGCUAUCCAACUGAGUACCAACCAACUGCUCUAGAUACAUAUUCAGUUCAAGUGUUGGUGGAUGAAGCGCCUGUUCGAAUUCAACUUUGUGACACAGCAGGACAGGAGGACUUUGACCAUCUUCGAUCUCUGUGUUACCCUGAAACGGACGUCUUUCUGGUGUGUUUCAGUGUGGUGAAUCCCAGCUCAUUUCAGAAUGUCACAGAGAAGUGGAUCCCAGAAAUCCGCACACACAGCCCCCACACUCCAGUGGUAUUGGUUGGAACUCAAACAGACCUCAGAGACGAUGUGAAUGUGUUGAUCAAUCUAAACCGCUAUCGUGUCAAGCCCGUGAGUGAAUCCCAAGCACAGUCUGUGGCUCAGAAAAUCAGAGCUCAUACAUACGUUGAAUGCUCUGCACUGACUCAGAAAAACCUUAAAGAGGUGUUUGACACAGCCAUUCUAAGUGCCAUUGAACACAAGGCACGACUGGAGAAAAAACUGAACUCCAAGGGUUUUAAACGACUUUCAAAGUGCCGAUGGAAGAAAUAUUUCUGCUUUGUUUAAAUCCACUUCACCUGCAUUUGAUUAACUCUACACUCUUUGAAUU